CAACCACAUCCCGCACCCCCAAACGUGCACGUGCAAAGGAUGGCUCUCCCUCUGCGCUUCUCUGCACAGGCGCCGUCGGCUCGCCUGGAGGAAAUCGUUCCCGAAUCAGACCGCAUUGAAGAGCUUUCCGACGAAGCGCUUGACAGCGAGUACGAAGACAUGGGCACCGCCACGGCAGAAGAGCAGGCAAACAUAGCCUAUCUAGAAAGCAUCAGGAUUCCAAUCAAGGAUUCGCUCGUCACAGACUCGUCCAGGGUAGAGGAAGAGACGUCAGCAGUCAUCCUGCCGUACCUUGAGGGCAACCCGAAUGACUGGCCCCUCAACGCCUUUGGCAUACCAAAACUUCAGCGCGACAGACACGAGGCUAUGCUGAAGAAGAUUAUCGAAGACUACCCACCACAAGCCGCUACCGUGGAUGCUGCCCGCCCGUGGAUCGUGUACUGGGCUACGCAGAGCAUGACUGCGCUGGGCCUCGAUAUUUCAACUUACCAGAAAAGGGUGGCACAUACCUUCUCGCUAGCCCAGCACCCAGAGGGAGGCUUUGGCGGUGGUUACGGCCAGUAUGCGCACCUUGCAUGUACAUAUGCAGCGACGCUGUCGCUGGCCAUAGCCGGCGGAGACGCAGCCUAUGACACCAUCAACCGCAAGACACUCUGGCAUUUCCUCGGCCGAAUGAAGCAAGCAGACGGAGGCUUCACCAUGUGUGCAGGCGGCGAAAAGGACAUCCGCGGCGCCUUCUGCGCAAUGGUCAUCCUAUCUCUCACCAACCUCCCAAUGGAGCUGCCCCCCGAUGCCCCCGCUCGGAACCACGGCCUGACCACCUUCACCGACAAGCUCGGCGACUGGGUCUCGCGCUGCCAGUCGUGGGACGGCGGCAUCUCGGCCGCGCCAGGAAAUGAGGCUCACGGCGCCUACGCAUUUUGCGGCCUAGGCUGUCUCGCCAUCCUGGGGCCCCCGAAGCAAACUCUACACAAGUACCUCGAUGUCGACCUGCUGACGGCAUGGCUGUCGUCGCGGCAAUGCUCCCCCGAAUGCGGGUACAACGGCCGCACCAACAAGCUCGUCGACGGCUGCUACUCGCACUGGGUCGGCGGCUGCUGGCCCAUUGUCGAAGCAGCCACCACCACGGGCCUGUGGAACCGCGCCGCCCUCGGCCGCUACAUCCUCGCCGCGUGCCAGGAGAAGAAAGGCGGCCUCAAAGACAAACCGGGAAAACACUCGGACGCCUACCACACCUGCUACAACCUCGCAGGCCUCAGCACCGCACAGCACCACUACCUCUACGACGAAUCCGUUAACAAGUCUCUUGGAACAGGCAACUUGGGCGCUCCCUACCACUGGAAAAUGCAGGCCCGAUAUGAUGCCGCAGACAAGGUCUGGGAAGACGCCGAUGUCGUCAAGCCCGUUCACCCCGUUUUCGUCAUCCCCUUCAUGUCCGUGUAUGAAAUGCGGAAGCAUUUUGAAGACAAGGAGGAUUUCUGAUUCAUUGAUUCCUUCUCACAAGUCCAAUCCAUGUUUACCAGGUUGAUUAUUCGUGUGUUUAGAGCCGCAUCUCGUGUUAUAUAUAUUUACUCGAUUCAUGGACUUUUCUCUUUUG